GUGUGAAAGAGAGGGAGGCUGGGAGGGAGGGAGAGGGAGCGACAGAGUGGGUUCAACGCACUGAAUAAGCAGUCACGUUGUUAUCCAUCACAUCUAUUUUUUCAAGACAAGUAGAUGUGUGGACUGUGCACAUAUUGACAGAUGAGAAUAUUUGGAACAAAAGCCUUGUGAGACAAGCUGAUUGAUUUUUUUUUUCUUUUUUUUUUUUUUCUUUUUGUUUUUGUGGGUGGACUUCAGUUUGUUGGCCAACUGUCCGCUGGUGAAACAGGAGUUGCCAUGGAAACUAUUUUGCUCUUCCUCUCUUCAUUCCUGGUGUGUGUGGCUGCUGUAGACCCCAGCACACAGGAUGCCAAAGAGAAAGUUGAAAAUCCAUUUAUUUAUGAUUACGAGAGCCUGAGGAUCGGAGGGUUGGCAUUUGCUGUGGUGUUGUUCACACUGGGCAUUCUUCUCAUUCUUAGUCGACGAUGCCGCUGUAGUAUCAACCAGAAGCCCAGGGCCCCUGGAGAUGAAGAGAAACAAGAGGAGAACCUGGUUGUCCCCAAGGCUACAGUGGUUGCAGAGACUGCAGCGGAGAACUGAGGCAACUCUACCGGACUGGAUGGCCUUCUACAAUGAUGAUCAGUUUUAUUUAAUUUCAUGCUACUAUAACAGUAGAUAAAUUGAUGAUUAUUAUAAGUGGGUAUAUGACAGGGUAAGAGGGAAGGUAUAUGUUUAGAGGUGUAAUAUGUACAAAUAUCUUGUGCCCUGAAGACAAACCUUUAGCCUGUUGUGCUGUUGUUGUGACUGUGCCAGUCCCUCAGUGCUCUUGUCUGUUCCUGUGCCUUUCUGUGACGGUCUCUCACUCCAGUUCUUCGUCUUAGCCAGUAGCACCUCUGACACAAGAUUGUCUUUUGAAGCCCCAGAAGACUUUUUAAUGUUGUUUGGUGUGCUGUUCUUCUGUUGUUUUGUACUUCUAUUUAUUGCCUUUAGGUUUUAGAGAUUUGUCAAUUUGCUGUUUAUUUUGUUAGAUGUCCUGGAUAAUGUUUGUCACAUUUGGAUUAUAACAUAUAUACAUAUAUACUGCAUACAUAUAUAAGUAUAUAUAUACAUUAAUACAGAUAGUUUACAGAUAAGAAAUACCGUUAAAUAUCAUUCAUUUAGGUCUAUGUUUAUGUAUACAGUAUGUAUGACUGUGUGUGUAUCACAAGUGCAUGUGUCUCUCUACAUGUAAAUGUGAUAAGCCUUAUAUAAGACAAUCUCAACUGCCACAGCUCUCUGACUGAGCACAGGAAUGGUUGCAGGUAUCUGCACGAGCUCCUCCACCGAAUCUACAGUAUAGUGGAGGGAGCUCCUGCAUCAGCUGUCUCACUGCCUUCCUCUCCACACACGUCCACUCCACUGCUCCGUCACCAGAUCUGCCAAGAUGAACUAAACUGGGCAGACUAUGAUUAGUUUUCCCUUAUACACUCACUACUGCUGCAAAUCUGUGAAGCCUGGGUUUCUUUCUUAUCUCUUUCUUGUUUAGUCAGUGUCUCUAAUGUCACAAUGCUUUGUAUGGUCAUACAUGUAUUACAUUUCUAAAAAAAAAAAAAGAGAGAGAGACAAAGUUUGAGUGCUGAGUUUAAGAGAACUUAAAAUUGUUAUUAUUUAUCACAUUAAUAAUAGCAGUAAUGUAAGCUAAGUCAUAGCGAGAGAACAAAUGAACAGUCUUUGUUGUGAAUCUCCUGUCAGGUUAGGCUUUCACCAAUCUUAAAUCUGAGUAUUCUUGUUUUAAAGCCGACCACUGUACAAGUAAACACUAUGUUCAUUCUACGCAUGAGGCCUUGUUGUGUAGCAAUCUGUUGUGCUUUUAGCAUAAAUAAAUAAAAGUAUGUCUGACCACACAUCA